UGAUUUGUUUUGGACACGUAAUUUUAACAAACUUCCGGUUUCGGUUUAUUUUGACAUUUCAGUGUAAUACCCAUUAUUUCAUCUGUCAAAAUGAAGUGGUUUACAGGAGGAAUUCCACAGGCAAUAAAAGUAGCAAAAGAUCGUGGAACAUUGUUUGUUGUGUAUAUUUACGGGAGUGAUGAGAUGUCUCUAGAGAUGAAUCAGAGCUGGGAAAAUGAUGAAGUCACAGUUGCCCUUAGUGAUGUUGUUGCCAUUAGAAUUGACGGCAGCACUGAGGAUAGCAAACAUUUCUCACAAAUAUAUCCUAUAGUUGUUAUACCGGCUACAUAUUGUAUAGGGGAGAAUGGAGUGCCUCUGGAGGUCAUAGGUGGAGCUCUGAAACCAGAGGAACUUAUUACACGAAUAAAGAAAGUUCAGGAGAUGCAUGCAGCCCAGAAGUUAAGUCUAUCAGGGGGUGCCACAAACAGUAGUUCAACAAGACAGGUAACCAGCGCAAAUCAAGACACAGUGCAAGGGGAAUCUCCUGGACCAAGUGCGAUGCAAGAGGAACAGGGUGCUGCAGGGGACCCAUCUACCAGUGCCCCAUUGGAGGAGAAACAAGCCAGAGCAAAAGAGUUAAUUGAACGAAAACGAAUUGAGAAAGAACAACAGGAAUUUGAGAAAGCACGUGAGGAGGAGAUCAAGAGACGUAAGUUGGGCCAGGACCUGCUGAAGCUGAAAUCAACACAACAGGAGAUCCAGAUGAAGGAACUCAAGGACCAGAUGAAAAAAGAGAAGGAUGACGAGAAGAAGGCUAGGGAAAGGGUGAAACAGCAGAUUGCUAAGGACAGAGAAGACAGGGCCAAGAAAUUUGAUGCGGAGAAACAAGAGAGGGAGAAGCAAUUAGAGGACAAAAAAAAGGAGAAGUUGUUACAACAGCAGGCAGAGGCUGCUGCGGAGGAAGCCAGAAAAAGUGAGACAGCCAGGAUCCAGGUACGUCUGCCAGAUGGCUCCUCCCUCACCCACACAUUCCCGUCCACUGACACGUUCAGGUGCCUGUACAGCCUUGUGGCAGAGAGGCUUAAAGGAAGCGUGAGUCUUUCCCAGACAUUUCCACGCCGCCGAUUUGAGGAGGAGGAUAUGGACAGAACAUUCAUGGAGUUACAGCUCGCACCAUCAGCAGUGCUUAUAGCCUUACCUGCAAGCCAGUCUAGCUACCAAGCCUCCUCCUCCUCCUCCUCCCUAAGUCUGCCUGGUAUCCUCUCCAUGCUCAUGUACCCGCUCAUGAUGCUGUGGAAGUUUAUCUUCUCCAUGUUCGGAGGGGGCAGCAGUCGGUCCACACCAGGUGGAGCCACUGGCGGCUCGGCGAGGGGGAGUGUGUCAUCGUCCUCAUCUCAGCAACAGACCCCUCGAUCAGACAGGCCCACUACAGCCCGCCAGCGUGGGGGCAACAUGGGGCGAAUGACAGACUUGAGAGAUGACGAGGAUGACAUGAACACAUACAAUGGCAACUCCACUCAACAAAUGUAGUGUUGCUUUGGGAGAAUAAGAAAUACUGCAACAAAUGAAACAAACAGGGAUCAAGACCUUAAUUGGCAAACCUAAGUAGGUUUAGACUGAAACUGACCCAGUUUUGUCAUUUGAAACUACAUGAUUUUUGACUGGGGUCAUUGCAUACCGCACGGGCGAAGGUCAGGGGUCAUGGAAAACUAGUCUUGAUAGUAGUGGUGUUUGUAAGUAUAUUGUCAUAAAUCUGUUAUCAAAUCUAGUGCUGGUAUUAAAUACUUCUUGGCUUUGUGAUGUAUGAUGAUCUUAAAAGACCUUUCAGCUUGUUGUGUUAGUUACUAUUGAAAUGUAUUGUUUCAAAAAGAUUAUUCUAUUCAGUUGACAUUGGUUAGCACUUGUACGGAUAAAAGUAUUGUUCCCUAACAAUCAGCAAUCAAAAGUUGAAUACUAUUGUUUAAAUGAUUUAAAGUUUACCAGUUUGAGCUGGAAUUCCUUUUUUAACUGGGCACCCAAAAAUCAUGUUUGUAAUGCAAGUAAAUCCAAUGGAAUAAUUUAGUACAGGGGUAUGUUUUUUUCUCUUAUUUAAGCAACAUUUACGCACUUUCAUACAAAGAAUUAAAAGUAAUUAUUAAGACAUGCUAUCUUAACGAAAACUGGUAACCUGUUUUGGUUGUUUUUUCAUGCUUGUUUUGAUCAAGUAUGAUUAUUUAUUUUAUAUGUUGGGUACAAGUGCAUUAUUGCCUCAGUAUGUUGAAACAUUGAUUGUAAUUGUUGUUUUUGUUAAUCUUAUUCAAUAUUAACUUUGCUUGUUUAUUGUGAAACAAUAGUUCUUGUAAACAUUUUUGUUAAUUUCCAAGAAAGAUUUUAUUGUGUCUUCUUGCAAAAUCUUGAGGGCUUCAUUUGUUGUAUUGUAUAAUAUUUGUUCAAUCUUUAACACAGUUCUUAAAAUUUCAAAAUCCUUGAACAUUGUAGGUUGGUGCUUGUAUUAAAUACUGUCACUAUUAUAUCAUUGUUAUGGAUAGAAAAUUGUUUUGCUGCAUUUUUCUAUAAAACCAAAACCUAAACACAUUUUAUCUAUAUUUGUAUUCUUCAAAGGAUUUAAUAUUUGCAGUAUAAUUCUGUUCUUGGGUAAAUAAGUCUGUUUAUCCAGAAUUCGCCAUUCCAUAUAUGGCCAUUAAAUCUUUGCCAAUGCAUUUGGUGUAUAUUGUAGGUGGCUACUUUCAAGUUAUAUUCAUUUGCUAAGGCAAAAAAGCACAUUAAAUGCAAGCAUUUAAUGAGCAUAUUAAUUAUAUCUUUCAUACAGUAUACACAAACACUUGUCAAUAAUAGUGGUAUCCCCAUCUAAUGGAGGGCAAAUCAUCAGUUAUCUUUGUGCUAUACAUAUAUGUGAGUUUUUAAGUCUGCUUUGCUACUCUAAUACUUUUGAUGCUUAUGAACAGUAUCCAACCAUAUUUCCCAACCUCACAUUGACAUAUACCUUGACCUGGUUUGGAAAUUUGCAUAAUUGAAAUAAAUGUUUUAACUGAAUACAUUUUACUGUUUUCUAGCAGCAGAACUGCUUGCUUAAACGUUUGAAUACUUACACAGGUGUUGUUUAUGACCAUUCACAAUCUAGUUAUAUCGUAAUACUUUGUACAUUUGGAUUAAUGUUUUUGUCACUGGUAACCUGUUAUACAUGAACUGAAUGAAAACUUAAGACUAUAGAUGCAAAUUUCCAUGUAUAUGAACCGUUUCUAAAUUCUAUGACUGUAAUAUAUUUAUUAAUUAAAUGUCAACACAAACAA